AUGGGCAUUGCAAAUAAAUCAAAAUUGUCGGAGCUUGGUGGGGAUGACACGAGCCGGAACAUCAUCGAGAUCAUCUUCCAGUCGAGCUGGCUCAAGAAGCAGACCCCCGUGUGCGCCGUCGACCGCAUCCUCAAGGUGCACAACGCCCCCGCCGUCCUCGCCCGCUUCGAGGCAUACCGCGACACCGUCAAGGCCAAGGCCCUCGCGCUCGCCGGCGCCGGCGCGCGAUGCACCGCCGACGGCAACGAGCUGCUCCGCUUCCACUGCGCGCCGCUCGCGUGCUCCCUCGGCGCCAACGGGGCCACCCACCUCUGCGACGCCGCCGCCUGCGUCGCGUGCGGCAUCGUCCGGGACGGCUUCGCCAAGGGGGCCGGGGUGCGGACCAUGGCCACCAGCGGUCGAGCGCACGACGCCGUUGAGGGUGGUGGGGAGCGCAGGGCGAUGCUGGUGUGCCGUGUCAUCGCCGGGCGGGUGAAGCGUGUGGCGCCGGCGUCCUGCCAGGUGACGGAUGAGACGGCGAAUACGGCGGUGGAGGAGACGGAGGAGUACGACUCGGUGGCGGGGACGGCGGGGGUGUACUCGAGCCUGGACGAGCUGGAGGUGUUCAACCCCAGGGCCAUACUCCCAUGCUUCGUCGUAGUCUACAAGGCGUGA